AUGAGAGAUGCGAACAACAGGCCGAUGAGUGUUGAUAGCACGCCAACGAAGAGUACAAAAUUACAAAGUAUUAGGAAUUCCUUGAAGUUGUCUCAUAAAAACCCCAAUCUUAAGAGGUCUUCAGCUCAAAAAAACACACUAUUCAAGUACGACAAUGUUAAAGUUACCAGUCUUCUUUUGAACCAGAAUUCAAAAUCUCUGCUGUGUAGGGGUCCUAUCGAGAUAUAUGAAAUAAGGACGAAGAGUUCAUGCUCUAAAUUCAUGUCAAUUGGGAGAAGUAACAACGUCAUCCAUCCAUUGCUACCCAAAUUAAAAAUAUCAAAGCCUGAUUCUAGAAAGUUCAAGUAUCUCAUGUUCUUCUUCAAUCCUGAUAGAAUAUGGGAGAUAGAAUUUCUUAACAUAGAUAAAUGUGGUAAAAAGAAUAGUUAUUUAAGGGAAGUUGGACGUGAUUUUGAGAACGUAGUCUCUAGGAUCUGUGAAUUUGUAAAUUCGGCUGUAACAGAUGUAAAAACUACAAUUUUGGGAUCUUCAAUUUCAAAUGAGGAGGGCCAGAAUGGUGCUAGUGGCAAGGAAGAAGAAGAAGAAAAAGAUGAUGACGAAUUGAAUUAUUUGUUAGAGGAUGAAUUGAAUGCCGUUCCUAAUAGUGGUGCUGUUUCUGAACAACAAGACCACGAAACCAUAAUUAAUGAAGCAUUCAAGAGAGCUAUUAAUAAAGUCAUACCGUCAUGGCAUGCGCUAGUGGCAAAACAGCAUGAAAUCAACGUAAGAAAACGCGCAAGUUUAUAUAUUCCCACUUUCCAAGAGAAACAAAUUGCCAGAAGGUCAAUAUCAGUAUUAUCAGAUUAUGAAACGUUGGUUUCAUUUAAAGAUUUGAAGUUAUAA